UCUUGCCCGCCUACUUGGGGCGGGGCGUCGUAAAAGACGCGCUUGACCGGCCGGACUGGAACUUCCAAUCUGACAGAGCUUCAGUCGAGCGGCUGUUAAUAGGAGGCGUGGUCCCAUUUGUCAUUUUCUCAGGACUCAUUAGUGUGGCCUCGCUCCUGAUUGGUCAGUCCGAAUGAAGGGCGCGGCGAGGUUUCAUUGUGUGGGGGGUGUGACCUGCCUUCCCAUUGGCUACGAUGCGCGGGCGCUGGGCGGGGCCUCCCCGGGCGUCGUCGUUGUCGUCCAUGAUGUCUUCAUCUUCGCCGCCGACGCCGGUCCAGAUUCGCGAGGCUAACGCGCAUUUGGCCGCCUUGCACGGGCGGGUUGCAGAGUUGGAACGGCGUUUGGCAGCUGCGGAGCGCACGGUGCACGGCCAGGCUGAGAGUCUCAUCCGGAAGGAUGCCGAGAUGCGCCAGGCGGUGCUCGGGCUUCGGGAAGGCAAGGACAGGGAAAUUGCCAUAUUGGAGGAAAAGCUGCAGUCUUCUGAACAGCAUGCGCAAAAACUGUUAAACGUGAUCCAGGAGAAAGACAGUUUGAUAACGCAACUGAGGCACAGGAGCCGCCUGCUGACCAAGAUCUGUCGUAGCCGCCCAGUCUUGGAUAAUCUCUUGGCAUACAUGGCUGAAGGGGAGCAGCUGAGUCCUGUCCUUGCUGCACAAAGUGACGCCAACUCACCAGAUCACAACCUGUCACUGGAGACAAACUGUAUCCCAGACCUUGAUUUGGACACCAAAGACUUUUCACUUGGGGAUGAUGAACAGGAUUCAGACAAGACUUUGUUUGGGACAACAGUGUAAACGGACAAGAUUCUUGGUUCCCAUAUCUGAAGCCUCUUUUUUUAAAAAAAAAUCUCUUUUGAGUAGGGUAAUACCACUUUUUUUUUUUACUCUGACCUGCUCAUGCUGGGGAUGACAAAGUGACUAUUUUUAAACCAGCCAUUCUAGUAAUAGUUUUGUGUAUCAGCAGACUUUUUUGGUUUGUGGCUUAAAAAUCAUGCCUUUUUUUCCUGCACCCCUUAAUUGGAUGUAGGGUACCUGAAUCUCUAGGACAAAUGAUGACAGUCCCAGCCUCUUCCAAUAUUGGUUACAUUUACAGUUGUGGGAGUUAUAGGGUAGCACUCCAGAUUGCCUAAUCCCACUCUUAAGAGAGGCAGGUAUCUAAAGGGAAGGUGCUAACUUAAAUUAACAUUACUCUAAAGAAGGUUGCCACCAAUGCUCUCUCUUUCUCUAUCUCACAAUAUUUUUUGGUUAUAUCCAGCCAAAACCAGUACCAGUCUUUUUGGGAGUAGGACAGGACGGGUUCAAACUACAAGGAAGGAAUUCAAAUUAGGGUUUAGACAUCAGGAGGAAUUUUCUAAUUGUUAACAAUGUUGUCAGCUAGUGGAACAAAUUGUAAAGUACUUGAUAAGUUUCUCCUUUGCUAAAGGAGAUGUUCUAAUGAAUCCUGCAGAUGACCUCUAUGGUUCCUUCCAGUCCUGUUGAUUAUAUAAUUUCAGAUUUGCACGCACCAUGUGGGCUAAAUUAUUUAAAAUAUAAAAUUCACAAGGGCAGGAAAUCAUGCCUUUGUUGAUAGGCUUGGAAAUCCCACAAUUAGAAUGAUAAAAAGAAGAAUGUUACCUAGAUACCAGUAUCUUUUUAAGAACCAUAGCUAAGGCUGGAAUCCUGGAGUCCAGUCCUGUUAGUACAGGUAGUCCUCAACUUACAACAAUUCAUUUAUAACAACCAUUUGAAGUUAAGACAGCUGUGGAAAAAAAGGGACUGUCAAUCAGUUCUUACGCUUACGACCGUUGCAGUAUCUUUGCAGUGAUGUGAUCGAAAUUUGGACAUUCGGCAAUCAGCAUUUAUUUAUGAUGGUUGCAGCAUCCCAGCAUCAUGUGAUCACUAUUUACAGUCUUCUAAGGGGACUUCCAACAAGCACAGUCAAUGGGGAAAGCUGGAUUUGCUUAAUGACCAUGGCAAAAAAUGGGACGCAGCUCACUUAACAACUGCAUCACUUUGUGAGUGAGGUUGCACUCCCAAUUGUGGUCAUAGGUUGAGGACUUCCUGCAUUCAUUUAUACUGAUUGUGGUAAAAGAUUACUUCCUUUCAUUUUGGCAGCUUCAUCUCCCUUCAAGAUUUACCCCUUAACAAUCUUACUGAAGUAAGUUUUUCUAACCAAGGAAUUCUAAGUCUAAUGCAUCUUCUGCUUGCAUGUGACUUAAUCCAUCUUUAACCUGGAUAGGCAAUUUUUUAGGAGGGGCAAAAUCAUAGAGAAUAGGAAACUUCUUUUUCAGCCUGUUUGGCUAACCCACAGGAACGAGCACAGAAUUUCAGCUUGAAGUACUACGUCUGCUUGCUUGAGCAGGAAAAGGAAUUCAACCAUCUUGUAUUUAUGGCCUUAUUCAGAGGUGGGUUUCAGCAGGUUCGGACCAAUUCUGGAGAACCGGUAAUGGAAAUUUUGAGUAGUUCGGAGAACCGGUAGUAAAAAUUCUGACUGGCCCCGCCCCCGUCUAUUUUCUGCCUCCAGAGUCCCAGCUGAUCGGGAAAUGGGGAUUUUGCAGUAUCCUUCCCCUGGAGUGGGAUGGAAAUGAAGAUUUUACAGUAUCCUUCCUCUGCCACGCCCACCAAACCACGCCAUGCCCACCAAGCCACACCCACAGAACCGGUAGUAAAAAAAUUUGAAACCCACCACUGGCCUUAUUGGUGGUUAGGCCUUCCCCAUGGCGGGCACGAGCAAUAGCACUUAGACUUAUAUACUGCAUAGUGCUUUACAGCAGCGGUCUCCAACCUUUUCAGCUCAGCAGCCUGGCGGAAGCGGUGGUGAGGGAAAAAGGAUGGUUGCGCGUGUGUGCCGCUUUCGCACAUGCACUCGCACACCUCUUCCACGGCCCGGUUCCAAAUAGGCUGUAGAUCGGCACCGGACUGGGGAUUGUGGACCUCUGCUUUACAGCACUUUCUGAACAGUUUACAAUGUCAGCAUAUCUGGCUAACCCCUAACAAUCUGGCUCCUCAUUUUACUGACCUUGGAAGGAUGGAAGGCUAACCUUGAGCCAGUCAGGAUCGGACUCCAGACUGUGGGCAGAGUUAGCCUGCAAUACUGCAUUCUAUCCACUGCACCACCAGGCAUUACUGUACCUGUUCUUAGAGUAGGUCACUUGCCUCUUUAAAAAGCAUAAGCAAUGACUGACUGACUGAGAGCUAUUAAGCCAGUGUUUCCCAACCUUAGCAACUUUAAAAUGUGUGCACUUCAACUCCCAGAAUUCUCUGGCUAGCUUGCCAGUUUCUUUCCAAGCCUAUGAAUCAGUCGGGAAAGAUCAGAGCCUAUGAUUUUAGCUUCUUAGUGGAGGAGAGAAAGAUGGGUUUAUUUUUAACACUAGUAAUUUUGUGUCAGAAAUGUUACCCUGAGCUUUGCUUAAAAAAAAAUGCUGAGAACUUCUGUUGAGUUAACUCAGAUGCAUUUUCUGGUGAAAACCUGGAAGUUGCUUCAUCUUUUGGAUAUUUUCCUUGUCUGCCUUCUUGGCCAAGCACAUUAUAUUACUGUUCAAAAUAUAGGGAACUGGCAACCAAUGGGUUUUUAAUAGUUUCCCCCCCCCCCAGAAUUGAACAAGCUUGCAGGGCUGCCAUAACAAGCUAAAUAAGAAUAAUUAUUACUGACCUGGGGUGGAAAAUUAAGGAGAUUGUACCUUGUUUUGAUUCUAUCCUAAUAGAAAGUGGACAGUGUUGCAUAGAAGCUGGUUUUAUAUGAUGGACCCUUGUCAUGUGCGAAUUGGGGGUUUUAGGAUUACUUGGACAUUCAGAACUGAAACUCAUGCCAUCUUGGGUAAUUGAAGAACAUGGUUGUAUUAAGUUUGAAGACCAUAGCAAGUCUGAAUCCACCAUUAGUCAGCUAUAGAACGCAGGGGUAAAAAGUUGGCUGUGUUUUACAAUUCAAUGUCUUAUGUGAAUCCAGCCAAACUUGGGGUACUUAACCCUCUUUAAACAUACUUUCAGUAACGUGCUGUGCAUUUGCCAUUCAACAUGUUACAUUACUGAUGUUCCAGUCAGCCAUAACCACCUAUACAAUACAGUAGUCCAUUUCAUUCAUAUUUUUAAACCCGGCAAAUGUGCUGAUCCUUCCCUCCUGUCCAGGAGAUGUUGUCUGUCCUACAGAGCUGAAGUCCACAAGUCUUAAAGUUGCCAAGGUUGGAGACCCCUGCUAUAGAGGCAGUAGCAAUCAGUGAACCUUUCAAUACACUAACUCCUUUUCAGUUGGAGAUCAUUUAAAACAAUAAUUGCAGCAUUUCAAGGCAAUGCUUCUCUACCUUGGCAAUGUGUAUUUCAGUUCCCAACUGGUUGGGGAAUCCUGGGACUUGAAGUCUACACAUCUGCAUGUUGCCAAGAUUGAGAAGCACCGUGUUAAGGGAUCAUGAGCUGUAGAGGAAAUAAAAGGGAAACAAAAUCCAGUGAUUCAGGCAAUGUGUGUAUUUCAGAGGAAAGUAGAAAUGUCUUGAGGGAUCCAUUCAGGUAGAGUUCACAAAAUUCCACCAACCUAAACAGCCAUGAAACUGUCUUGGUGUCCUCUUCAUCCCGUUUCUGCCAUGUAGCUUUCAAAAUGGCUGAAAUGGUGAUAGCAGCAACAUGGCUUCCCAAGAUUCUGCUUUUUCUGGCAUCCAGUCUUCACCAUUCACGUCUGCCCAUGUGGGUUGAGUUAACUCUUGUAAUCCUCUUGGGGGAGUUGCAGAUUUUCUACUGGUAUUUUUUGGCAACCCUUUUUGUGCUAUAAUUUGCUGUAUUUCCACAGAAUAAUUGAUUUCUUGAAUGAGUGAUUGCAGUCUUAAGCACUCUUACUGGGAACCAUUGGGACUAAAUACUGAAUACAUAUGUAGAGUUUUAUUUAAUGCCUGUUACGUUUAUUUUGAGUCAUAUAUUUACUGACAACUGAAGCACCAGUUAAGUGCCUAUGGGGAUUUUGUUACACUAGGUCCUCAGAUCUAAUUUUUCUUGUUGGAAGCAAAAUAAUAUUAAAAAUAUUUUGGUAUA